AUGCAUCAUGCAUGGGGAAUUGAUGAUAUUCGGUAUCUAAUCUUCGAGUUUUUCACACCUCGAGGUCUUGCUCAUCUCGCUCAAACUUGCAAUUAUUUCUUUGAUUUGGCGACACAUGAAUUGUGGAAAGUUAUAACCUCUUUCUCACCAUUCAUCUUCUGCCUUCCCCCAGAUUUUAGUCGCCGACCACUCCAAACAGCAGAUAUCAAACGCCUCAAUUUUUAUUCUUCCAAGGUUCGACAUAUUUCACUUCUUGGUAGAACUGGGGCAAAGGCCAUUCGUCUACCAUUCCACGACCAAAAGAGGAGACCAAAGGACCCCGCUAAAUUAUGGAAAGAUCUUUGGGGAGAAAUAGCAAAGCUGCGCCCAAGAUCGGACUUCUUACCCAACAUUCAAAGUAUUCGCAUGGACGAUGUAGGCGAAGCAAUUCUCAUGCCACUCAUGGAAAUAUCUGGUUCAAACAUCACCAAAAUAUACAUGAGAGCUAUUCACUACAAGCCAGAACCUUUUAUUUCGAAUUUCUUGGAUCAGCUCCAAUGUGCCCCCAGAUUAGAAUACUUGUUUGUCAAAGAUGGUGAAGACUUCGUCCCUCCAAAGCUCAUUAUUCAAUCACCCCUUAAACAUCUACGACUCGAUCCACGAAUCCAUGCUGGGAAAUUCGAAUACCUCACCCUCUAG